UCACUACAUAAUUCCAUAUGUGUCAUUUCAUAGUUUUGAUGUCUUCACUAUUAUUCUCAAAAGUAGAAAAUAGUAAAAAUGACGAAAAACCCUUGAAUGAGUAGGUGUUCUAAAACUUUUGGCCGGUAGUGUACGUGGUCAUUGUAAAAAUAACAAACCAUGAACACGUCGCACUUCUGUUAUUAUUGAGCCCGGGUGCUUUCGCUUUGAAAAUGGCGGAGUAUAAGUGCUGAUUUGUGGAAUUAUAAAAAGGGUGAUUCAUCUAAAAUGAAGACGGGAAGGGACCAAGUGGGAGAAAAAUAAUCUGUACAUAGUGAGUACAUUAUCACUACUCUAAUCCCAAUAUCUGCAGUGGACAUCAUAUAAGGUGACGACCUUAUAUGGGAGGUUGAAGAUAUGAUUUUCAACAUAUCGCUUGUCUCUGCCAGCGAAAUUAGUGAACUGUCAUUCGCUGUGGCUCUGACAGACUGUUCUAACGUUCCCUGCCCCUACACACGCGCACACACACACUCUCUUUCUCUCAUCCCAUGCUGCAAGCUGUUUUAUCAGGCGCGAGCCACACUUUAAAAAGGGCAAGACAAGAGAUGCCUCAUUUCAAUGUGCAUUCAGUUUGUCCAGUGAGUAGUGAGUCAGUAAGACCCCAGUUAUCGUAAAACUUCAACUGUGACAAUGUUGACAACGCUAAAUAAACAAAUAUAUGACUUAUGGUAUGCAUGUGUUGGUCUUUGACUUCUAAUGUGCGUUAUCGUGUCAAUCUUUUUCCUUUUAUCUUACCAAGUAAAAUUAAGCACAGCCCUUACCCUUUGAACGUGUUAUCAACUUCUUAGAUACAUGUUGCAUAUGUAUCAGUGAGGUAAAUAAAAAAAGGAAUGUAAUUCUGUAUUUUUGACCUGUGUUAUGGUUUUAGUAAAGUCAGUAAUACACAGUGUAACCACUGGAGGGCGCACACAUGAAUAGAGAUGAAGCUGUGUCAGCACGCCACCUAGUGGUGUGAUGGGUUUCUAGACAGUGUUUACUACUUGAUCAUACUACUAUAACACAGUAGAGUCAAAUCUGAAGUUAUGCCAGCACAUGCCCUAAUUCGUCAUUUUACCUCUGGAGUAAGAUUGUGACCGGGUAGCAGCAUACUCUACAUAGAACUGAUAGGCUACCAGCUAACGGUAAUGGUAGGUGUAUAGCAAUAAGAAGUGAAUGAGCAUAUUGUUGGCAGGUAUGGGGGCUCAUACGAAGUAUAUAAUAAUACCACAUUGGUCCUCAUUGGUUAAAUGUAUAGCAGUACUACAUUUACAAACUCACUUAAAAGCCUCUACCACACUUUUGGAAGAUAAACCCAUAUCUUCUCCCGACAGAGGUGUUUCCCUCUCAUCACGUGACCCAAAGCCGGCCUUGUCAGUGGUGGUUCUCACACACUCUGUAGCUGUUACAUAUGUCCUGUGGAGAUUCUGACAGUUUAAACACGUCUGUUAUAAAAUGGAGAAUAGUGGCUGACUGGAAGGACAUCUUCUAGAACUCUAGACCUCCUAGAGCAGCACUGGACAGAACACCUGGCGGGCACAGGCCUCAAUGAUGAGUGGAAUUACAAGAACUACCUUCUACGUUGUCUUGACACUGAAAGAAUGCUCUUAGGUUCAGGGAUAGCCAUCCUCCUCCUCCUGGUCACUUCCAGUGCACAGCCCAGCCCAAAGCCCUGCCGGUGUUCAGCUCUCCAGCCUUCAGGACUACAGGUUAACUGCAGCUCCAUGAGCCUCAUGGAAGUGCCCCCUCUCUCUCCAGACACCACAGAGCUCUACCUCCAGGACAACCAGCUGUCCACAGUACCCUCAGGGCACUUUGACAGGCUGCAAGACCUGAGGAGGGUCACCCUGUCUGGGAACCCUUUCCACUGUGACUGUGGCAUCCAGUUCCUGAGGACCUGGCUGAGGAGGAACUGGGCUGUCGUGUCUGGUGGGGUGCCCACCUGUGCCAGCCCCAGUGGUGUGGCACACACGGCGAUCACUGCGCUCAGUGAUGCCUACUUCUCUUCCUGUGCCCAGCAAAGCUGUGCCGGGUGGGUGUAUGACACCAUGGUGGGGGUGAUGCUGUGUGGGCUCAUCGGCCUGCUGCUGUGGGGUCUGAGGCUGGCCAAGAACUCCACCUUCACUCUGUACAUCGAUCAGAGACACGCAGGGUUGGAGUUGGACUCUCUGAGGUCGCUGAAGCCCAAACACAGGAGGCUCCAGAGGACACUGUCUGAGGAGAGGGAGAACUCUGCCUCUCUCACCCGGACAAACGACCCAGAGAGACCGCUGAUUAACAUGGAGAUAUUGCCACAAAUACUGGACGUAUUGCACAAGAAACACAAUAUAAAGAUAAAGACAAUAUAAGAUUUGGGAUGAUUGUCGUGGACCAUGGGGUGAGUGGGGAUUUAAAACCUAAGCUGGUGAUUGAGUGUUUUACUCUCUGUUGGAAUACCGUUUAUCAGACUGUUUUGACUCAUGCCUUGAAUUGAUUUUUUUUUGUCAUGAAGCCUGUGAAAUCAUGCUCUGGAACUAAUGUCUCCCAUUGUUGUUAUGUAGCAGAUUGUUAUGCGUUUUACACUUGUACACUGUAUAUCUCCAAUACAAAUAAAUGUAAUUGAGUAUAAAGUGCUCGCGUCAAACACA